UUUUUACAGAAAUGUCCUUGGAGAUAAAAAGCGGCCCCAUGCUUUGGCACAAAAAACGUUUCUUUGGCAGCAAUUGGCGUGAUGUUCAUUCAGUUUUAUACAACGAUAGCAGCUUACUUUGGUAUAAAGACAAGUCUCGACAAGAGCAGGAAGGCGGCGUUAUACUUAAAGAUGCACCAGAACUUAUAGCUUACGGAACCUACACAUCACAAGUGCCUAACCGCCCACCUCUGCCGGAUCAUUAUGAACCAAAACAGUUCCUUGCAUUCGGAGUAAGAGGAAAAGAUGUUGUUUAUUGGUUCCUGUGUCCCAAUCAGGAAGAAGUGGCGAGCUGGAUGGCAUCAAUUGCUUCAACGAUGCCACCUCCGCCAGGUGCUCCUCAAGAACCAACACCUGCAGAGAACAAUUCUGUAGAUAAAAGCAAUGAUCAAACUAUAAAUAACCAUCAGAUGAUGCCUCAGGACACUAUACUACCGCAUCAGCCUAUUUCCCAGCAACCUAUGCAAGCACCACAAUAUGCACCACAUCAACAACCGCCACCUCAAUAUACACCACAUCAGGGACAGCCCCCAGCUUAUGCUCCAAGAUCAUCACCAGGAAAUCCAGCUCAAUACCCACCACCUUCCGGAUACCGCCCUCUUCCCUAUCAAGGUUACAAUCAAAUACAACCACAGCCUUACCUAGCUCCUGCAGCAGGGGGAACUACAGUGGUAGUUCAACAAGAUCGUCCAAACUAUGUUGGGGGUGGUGGAUUAGGAGGUGGUGAAUUUGCUAUGGGCAUGCUUGCAGGUGGUGUUCUUGGUACAGCUUGGGGUUCGAGAUCUUAUUUUGGUGGAGGAUUUGGUGGUGGAUUUGGUGGAGGAUCUGGUUGGGGACAUGGUUCCGGUUGGAAUCAUCAUCAUAGUACUCAAGAUAACGACGUAACAAUCAAUAACUAUUACGACAACGAUACUACUAUCGUAAAUAAUAAUCUGGACAUGACUAAUAACACUGCUAUAGAACAGGCACAAGCACCUCAAGCACUUCCUUUGCAGGAAACAACUGCUGUUGAACAAUAUGUGCCUGUGGAAAAUAACAUCAGUACAGAUUAUGAUGGUGGAUAUAGUGGAGGAGGGUAUGAUGAUGGAUGCGACUAUUUUGGUGGUGGAGGGGAUUUUGGAGGAGAUUUCGGAGGCGGUGACUUUGGAGGAGGUGAUUUUGGAGAUGACACAGAGCUUCCAGAGUUGCCAGCCUACCAAGAUGCAGCUGAAAAUAGGGAAAAUAUUGAACAACCAGAUUUAUUGGAAGGGACUGAUAAUACCGGAAAUUACGAGCAACCGGAUCUUAUCGAAGUGUCAGGAGGUUACGAUACUUUAGAGCAACCGGAAGAACCAGAAAAUUAUGAAAAUUAUGGGCAAUCAGAUUUUAUGGAUGAUUCCGAUGUCUACGAUAUAGAGGAAGCUUCAAAUUUUGAGUUUGAUGUAGAGUAGAAAAUUGUGAUAGUGCAAUGUGAUA